UUUACUUCACUCACCGAACUCAAAUUGUCAAUGUACAAGCAAGAUACCACAAGGUCUACUCACGUUGAAAAGUCACUCAUAAUGUUUGCUAAAUAACAUCUCUCUAGAGCAGCCAUGGGGUCUGACGCGCAAAAGGAGAGACUCCUCGAGCUCUUCCACGCCUGUGAUGUGGAUCACUCCGGGCGCAUUGAGAAAUGGGAGUUUGUGAAAAUAUGUUCCGAGCUGAAGGUCCGACCCACCGAGAUAGAUGACAUUUUCUCCAAACUUGACACCGACAAAGACGGCACGAUCAAUCUGGAAGAAUUUAUGGACGGGUUUCAAGAGUCACACUUGUUGAAAGACGAGGAGAUGAGCAGCGAACCCGCCGGGGAAAGUUCCUCUGUCGCCUUGGAGGAUUUUAAAUCCCGUCUGGGGGAUCAGCUCAAAUUCAUCCCCAGGAUUGAGCCGGUAUCAACUCUGUACCAGAACAUCAGUUUGACGGAGCCCAGAAUGGUCCCUCAGUAUGAAAGAGUUCUCCUCAGUUUUAUCAAAGAGAUCCGAAUACUGAACACUGAAAUGGAACAUCUGGCACUUGCUGUAAAGAGAGCUCAGGAUCAGUCGGCUAUACAGUUGAGUGAGAUGGAGGAAGAGAUGGAUCACCGCAUCCACACUGCAGAGAGAAACACACGUCUACAGGAGUGUAAAAAAGCAGAGACGACUCUGAGCAGCAUGAAACACCAGUACGAGUCUCAGAUAUGUGAACUUCAGCAGAAGAUACAGACUCUGCAGAUGAUGGAAAACCAGAACAGGAGUACCAGCCUCAAAGAGGAAACCUCAGCACUGAAACGACAGAACAAUGAGCUAAUGCUGCAAAACCAGAAGUUGAAACAGGAGCUUUUGGAGUCCCACACUAAUGUUGCGUUCUUGCAGAGUGAGCUGGACUCUCUGAAGAGUGAUCUCACAGACCAAAGCAUCAACUUUGAACGAGAUGAGGCUCUUAUGAAGUGCUUUUCUGAGGAGAGAGAUAACCUGGAGAGACAGAUCGAGGUGCUUCAGGCUGCAAACAGAAAACUCCAUGACAGUAAUGACAGUUUGCGUACGGCCUUGGAGAACAGUCAGAGUAAGAGUAAGACUCAGCGUGUUAGUGGACUCUCACCUGGAGUUUACGUGACCACGAGAAAGAAUUCCUCUCAUUUUGAUCGAUGCUGGAACACAUGUGCGGACGAGGACUAUGAUCCUCAUUUUCGGCUGAUGACUGAUGAUCCGAGCUGUGAGUCUCUGGCCCUGGCUCUUUGCGACCCCAUGCGCAGACGCAGCUUUGAGGAAGACAGCCUCCCCGACAGCUGUGUGGACAGUGGCAUGUCUACCCUGCGCUCAAAUAUGGGCUACGAUUAUGAGCAUGGGAGAUCUUCCUUGAACCUUCUCAUGAACUUCCAAGCAGAUGGCAACAUCACCACUGUGUCUGGAGACACAUCAGAUACAGAGGUUGUGGAAGUGCAAGAAGAGGCUGCGUUUGGGUCGGACAGCGAAUCCGAUCUGAGCUGGACUCUGUCAAAGCCUGUUGAGAAAGAUGAAGUUACUGCUUCAGGGAAGAAAUGCCUCUCUGCCAUCUUCACCGAGAGAGAGCAGGAUGAUUUGGCAGUGACUCAGCCUCCAUCUGAGAAGGCUUACAGGAUUGUGCUGGCAGGAGACGCCGCUGUGGGAAAGUCUAGUUUCCUCCUUCGCCUCUGUAAGAACGAGUUCAAAGGCAACACUAGUGCCACACUGGGGGUUGAUUUCCAGAUGAAAACUUUGGUGGUGGACGGUGUUCCAACAGUGCUGCAGUUAUGGGACACAGCUGGACAGGAAAGGUUUCGGAGCAUUGCUAAGUCUUACUUCAGGAGAGCUGAUGGGGUCCUUCUACUGUAUGACGUCACUUGCGAGAAGAGCUUUCUAAAUGUGCGCGAAUGGGUCGACAUCAUUGAGGAUGUGUCCCAGGAUGACAUUCCCAUCAUGCUUGUGGGUAAUAAGACAGACCUGAGAAAGGAAGCUCUUCUGGAUGGAGUCACCUGUAUUCCAACCAGCUACGGAGAGAAACUGGCCAUGACAUACAGUGCCUUAUUCUGCGAGACGAGUGCAAAGGAUGGAUCCAACAUCAUUGAGGCUGUUCUUCAUUUAGCCCGAGAGGUGACCAAGCAUGCUGAUGAGUUCAAGAAGCCCGUAUCAGUGGCCAAACUGUCUGUAAAACCUAACAAAAAGAUGCCAAGCCCAAACUGCUGCAUGGGCUGAUGCGUGCGCACGUCACAUGACCCGGCGACAGCCCGUGUGCAGGUGCGACGCGAUGCUUCGACAUAGAGCUAAUCAAAUAUUUAAUCAUUCAACUAUUUAUUCAAGUCACAAUACAUGGGAGAUGCCGGUUUGCGAUUGUCCAAGUUGUUUUUACUGUGCUAAACGUGUUCAAGUAUUGUCCUCAGGACUGUCUCAUAGCUGUGUGUCAUGGGUUGCCUUUAACAGCCCUGCAUUUCACAGCUUUUAUAUUACAGCCGAUUAUUAAUAGCUUAUGAAGUGAACAUACACUACGUCAGGAAUUUAGUACGCUGCACUUUGCCUUUAUUUAUUUCAUGAAAACUUCCUUUAGCUAAGAGAGAAGGAAUAUAUCAUAAUAGUUCUGUAAGUGUGUGUGGUAGUGUGUGAAAGUUGAAAUAAUGUGAAAAGUUCUGUUUAUGUUCUA